UCAAAUGGAUAACCUGUAAUUCUUUUACCCUUAAUGGUAGUAAUUUUAGUUAGUAUGAUGAAAGAUUACUAUGAAGAUUUGAAAAGAAAAAAGGCUGAUCAUUAAGAAAAUAAUAAGGAAAUUAACGUCGUAAUUAACUCUUCUGGAUAUACAUAAUUAAUAAAAUGUUAGGAAUUAAAAGUUGGACAUAUAAUAAAGAUUCAUAAAGAUGAAAAUAUUCCCGCAGAUAUUUUAGUAGUUGAUAGUUAUUCAAAUAAAAAAGAAGUUUAUAUUGAGACAAAAAACUUAGACGGCGAAACAAAUUUAAAAAUAAAAUAAGUUCCUGAUUUAUUUAGAAAUGAUAAAACAAUUUUAUAAGGAAAUUAAAAUAAAAAAUAUGAAAUUGAAUAUUGUGUUCCUAAUAAAUACUUAGAAGACUUUUCAGGAAAAAUAAUAUCAAAUAAUGUAUUUAAUAAUGAUUUUUUGGAUAGUAAAAAUAUAGUUUUAAGAGGAUGUUCAUUAAAAAUGAAUGACUGGAUAUAUGGAUUAGUGUUAUAUACAGGAAAAGAUACUAAAAUAUAAUUAAAUACAUGCUAAAGUUAACCUAAAUUUAGUUCAUUGGAAGUUAUGAUGAAUAAAUUCAUUAUAAUUAUUUUCAUUUUUUAAUUAAUUAUUUGCUUUUUGUCUGGAAUAUAUGCUAGUUUGUGGGAGCAUUAAAAUAUUAAGAUUUUGGGCUAUAUGGAGAUAAAUUUGAAAAAAUAAGGAUUUGAUUUUGUUGAUUGCUUAGUAAGAACCGGAGGGUGGAUUUUGAUUUUUACGAAUUUUAUUCCUAUUUCGUUAUUAGUGACUUUGGAAGUUGUUAAAUAUAUACAAGGAGUCAAUUUAGAAGCAAAUUAAGAAGAUUAUAAACAAUGUAAAGUUUAAUCUUCAAAUUUGAAUGAAGAAUUGGGAUAAAUAAAAUAUAUUUUUUCCGAUAAAACAGGGACUCUAACAUAAAAUGUGAUGAAAUUUAGAUGUAUAUGUAUUUCGGAUUACAGUUUCGGGGAAGUAGAUGCUAAGUAAUAUGGAUUUAGUGAAGAAGGAUUUUACGAUCCUUUAUUUAAUUAAUAAAAAAAUAUUGAUUAGAAUAUUAUGCUGUCUUUAAAACAUCUUGCUUUAUGCCAUAAUGUAGUAAGAAAUGAUGAUGGGGAAUACAAUGGACCUUCUCCAGAUGAAAUUUGUUUGGUUGGAUUUGCGAAAUCCUAAGGGGUCGAAUAUAUAAAUAAAAACGAUAAUAAUGUUAUUAAGAUAAAUGUUGAGGGGAGAAUAGAAGAAUUUAACCUUUUAUUUUUAAUGGAAUUUAAUAGUGAUAGGAAAAGAAUGUCAGUCAUAGUUGAGAAAAAUGACACUUAGGAGAUUUUCGUUUUAUCUAAAGGGGCAGAUAAUGUUAUGGAAAAAAGGUUAAAGCAUAACUUUUCACAUAAAACUUAGGCUUCUUUGUAAAAAUAUUCAGAGUAUGGACUAAGGACAUUGGUUUUGGCUUCAAAAAAAAUCAGUAAAAAUGAAUUUUUGGCUUUUGUUUAGGAAACAAAUUAAGCAAGAGGGAUGUAGGAUAGAAGAGACGAAUUUAUUGAAAAGGCUUAUGAUAAAAUGGAAAGAAAUUUAGAUUAUUUGGCUGUUACAGGAGUAGAAGACGAACUUUAGGUUGAUGUAGCAAAUACUAUAUAGAAGGUAAAAGAAGCCAAUAUUAAUUUUUGGGUACUUACAGGAGAUAAGGAAGAAACAGCAAUUUCUAUUGGAUAUUCAACAAAGGUUAUAGGAGAUAAUUGUCAUUCUAGAAUAAUAUAGCUUUCUGUAUUGGCAAAAGAAGCUAAAUAAAAUGGAAUUUCUUCAGAUAGCGAAUCCAUUUACAUAGCUUUAAAUAAGGGAGUUUAGCUUUGUAAAGAAUACAAAGAAUUAAAACACUAAAACGAGGGUAUAAAGAUAACUUUUGUAGUAAAAGGAGAUGACUUAAUUUUAAUAAUGAACGAGAAAAUGCAAGAAACGCUCUUUUUAGAAAUCGCAAAAGAUUCCGAUACUGUCAUAGCAUCUCGAGUUUCCCCAAACCAAAAGAAAUAAAUGGUCGAUCUGAUCAGAAAUGCAUUCCCUGAUGUGAAAACCCUAGCCAUAGGAGAUGGAGCUAAUGAUGUAAAUAUGAUAAAUGCGGCACAUGUAGGAAUUGGUAUUAGAGGAAAAGAAGGUGCUCAGGCUGAAAGAAGUUCCAAUUAUGCAAUUCCGGAAUUCAGAUAUUUAGGAAAACUACUUUUCCAUUUCGGUAGGGAGUCUUAUAGGAAAAAUAGUGAACUUGUGCUUUAUAAUUUCUAUAAGAAUAUGCUUUUGGUAUUGCCUUAAUGGUGGUUUGGAUUGGCUAGUGGGUUUUCGGGAAUACCGCUGUAUGAUCCGUUUAUUUAUUAACUUUAUAAUACGUGCUUUACAGCUUUACCGAUUGUGGUUUUUGCUAUUGAGGAUUAGGAACAUAGUAUUUAGAAGUUUUUGGAAUAUCCAAGUGAUUAUUAUGGGUAAGGGUAGUUGAACAAAUUGUUUAAUUAUAUGAGAUUCCUUAGUUAGUUGCUGAAAGGGGCAUUAGAUGCUUUUUUAAUUAUGUUUGUGUGUUUUGGAUUUUUGGAAAAUGUGGGUAAUGGGGAAAAUAUGUGGCUUUUUUAUUUCUCAGCAACUGGUAUGGCGUGUUUUGGGGCAGCUAUUUUUGUAGCUAAUUAAAAGAUUGUGAGCUUUUCACAUAGUAUAAGUGCUUUUUAAACUUUUUGUUUAUAUGGAAGCUAUGGGUUUUAUGUUUUGUGUUACUUUUUAUAAGAUAAGUAUUUUAACUUUACAGAUAUUUCGGGAUCUUUUAAAGCUUUAAUGGGAUUCUCAUGGUGGUUUUAUAUGGUAAUGGGGUUGUUAGUAGUUUUUUGUUAUAUUAUUGAUGUUUUCUUUUAUAAAUAUGGAGAUGAUUAGGAAAUUUAUACAGAACUAAGGGAAAAAUAAGAAAUAGAAUUAUAAAGUGUUGUUAAAUAAUCAAAUUAUAUUUCUUAAAUUUAAGAAUAGAAUAAUAUUUAUAUAUGA